AUGCAGCCGGUCGGGGGCGGGGCUCCGAGGCCAGGACGCGGCGUAGGGUUCCCGGGCAGCCUCCGCCAACUGGACUCUGCCGCGCUCCUCAUGCUGCUCGUGGACGCCGAUCGGCCGGAGCCCGUGCGCAGCGGGGCGCGCGAGCUCGCGCUCUUCCUGACCCCCGAGCCCGGGGCCGAGGCGAAGGAGGUGGAGGAGACCGUCGAGGGCUUGCUCCUCAGGCUGGAAGAGUUUUGCAGCCUGGCUGACAUGAUCAGGAGCGAUACCUCACAGAUCUUGGAGGAAAACAUCCCCCUCCUUAAGGCCAAGGUGAUGGAAAUGCGUGGCAUCUACGCCAAAGUGGACCAGCUGGAGGCCUUUGUCAAGAUGGUCGGGCACCACGUCUCUUUCCUGGAAGCCCACGUGCUUCAGGCCGAGCGGGACCACGGGGCCCUCUCACAGGCCCUGCGGAAGUGGCUGGGCUCCUCGGGGCUCCCCGCCUUCGGGAACAAGCUGUGGACGCCGGCGGCCCCGACCUUCGAGCUGCCCGCGUUGUACAGAACCGAGGACUAUUUUCCCGUGGACGCCGGGGAGGCAGCGCGCCGAGCCCCCAGCUGCCAAAGGCGUCUGUGAGCCCUGCGGUCCUGCCGUCAGGGACAUCGGGAAGUGAAAUCUGUGUGCCGCGCAGAUUGGUUGUUUUGUUUUGUUUUGUUUUAUCGUUGUGGAUGCGUUUUCUGAAUUUUUCCCCUUGCUUCACGUGGGCCCACAGGGUUUGGAGAAGCAUUUAGAACCCACAGGUGGGCAGUGCCUCAGAGAUGAGCUGGGGAAGGCCUUCUCCACCGGCAUUUGUCCUGCCUGGUGUUCUGGACAAGGUGGUCACCCCGGGGGAUGGGCUGUGGGGCCUUGGAUUUCCCUUUGCCUUGGAAGGGCUUUGCACAGGCGUUGUGAGGGGCUUGCGCGGUGCCCCCAGCGUGCGUGGCUCCAGGUCCAUGCGUGUCAGCCGGUUUGUGUGAACCCCAGUGCCCACUGGCCCUGUGAACCGUCUCAAUAAAGGUGUCCAGGUCACCUGGGUGUAAAUGUUUCCUUGACGGGUGCUCCUGCCACUGGCUCAAGCCUGAUCCUCAGAAUCUGCUUAUUAUGAAGCCCCUCGCCUGAGGGGAGGGUGCAUCUCUGGCCUUCAGAUUCCCAGCAGAAGGCAGAGAUCAUUCAGAUUCCCUGGAGUCCUCCAAGGUGUGUUUGCUUUAAUUUCUUCUCAUGUAGAUGAGUUUCCUGCUAUUGUUCUGAAAUGCUGGAUUCCUCACUUUGGUGAUGGAUAUUUCUAGUUUCUGGAAUCCCUCCGAGAGCCAAGAACACACACACACACACACACACACACACAGACACACACACACAGACACACACACACACACACAGACACAGACACACACAGAGACACACA